AUGCCUUACUACGAUAAAUCCGAGGACUGGCUGCACCAGUCUGCCCUUCUGCUGCAAGCGCGUCCCUCAACGACGCGAAUAACAACACGGUACCACCUCAAACCAGCCCGGCGGCCUCGCAAAUCCAAAAAGUCAGGAUCAGGAGAAGCAGCAGCAACAUCAACGGAAGAAGGAGAUGCACAGCAACAGCAACAGCAGCAGCAGCAGCAGCAGAAACCCCCGCGCGGCCACCUCGUGCUCAAGACGUACGACGCCGCCUCGGGCGCGACGCUCAAGUACAAGACGUCCAAGGCGGCCGAGGUGACGCGCCUGGUGCAGAUGCUGGGCACGCUGGGCCGGCGCAUGGCUGCGCUUCCCGUUCCCGAG